CCAUUUCCACAUCCAUCACCCUAGGGUUUUCUUCUUUUCAAAACCGGGGAUAUUUUGCUCAUUCAGAACAAACAGGAAAACAUAGCAGAGCGGCCGAUCGAAACACCCCAAAAAUGCCGUCGCAUAAGACUUUCAUAAUAAAGAAGAAGCUCGCCAAGAAGAUGAGGCAAAAUAGGCCCAUCCCUCACUGGAUUCGGAUGCGCACCGACAAUACCAUCAGAUAUAAUGCAAAGCGCAGGCACUGGCGUCGUACGAAGCUCGGAUUCUGAGGUUCUUGGUUGAUGUUUUGUUGCAGCUUGUUUGUGAAUUAAUUUUAGAGUAUUUAGUUGCUGUUAAAGACAUUGAUGACACAGAGCUUAUGGUUUUGUAUGUAAAUUAAGUACUCCAAUGUGUGUAAGGAACUCGUAUGAGUCCUUUCAAAGAUCUUAUCUUUCGGAUUCAAGUUUUGUUUCAAUUAUUAUUGGAAAUCAUGGAUUUUUGUAUGAUGUUUAAGUAUAAUAUUGGUUGCUUGUUUCA